AGGGGGCUGUCCCGGGUCUGCUAUCCUGGAGAACAUUGAGCCAUCUACAGCUCACAUUGGACCCUUCGCAUGAACAGCAGAGACUGUCUGUGGAGUGAGUGAUGUGCCCUGAGGGUUCAGCUGGCUAGUGUGUGGCUCCUGUGUGAGCACAGUGACGUUCUCCUGCUGGUCUUCCUCUAAGAGAUUCCUGCCCACCCUUUUUCCCCCUACAUUCACCUACCUGUUGUGGCCUGAACACACAGAAGCCCUAAGGAAGGGGAAGAUGGUGAUAAUAAUGUGAAGCGAAGGAUCUGGGGGACUAAUUGCUGGGCCAUGUCCUCUUACACCUGCAUCAGCUGCCGGGUGGUGUUUGCUGAUGGCGAUAUACAGCGUGCCCACUACAAGACAGACUGGCACCGGUACAACCUGAAACGCAAGGUGGCAGACAUGCCCCCUGUCACGGCCGAAAACUUCCAGGAAAGGGUUAUGGCGCAGCGAGCAGCAGUGGAGGUUCAGAGCCAGGGCACCAGCACCCAGUGUAGCACCUGCGCGAAGAGAUUCUCCACGGCCAACGCCUUUGACAACCACAUAAAGUCCCGGAGGCACCAGGACGCUGAGAAGAAGGCAUCGCAGGCUGCCCAGAAGGAAGUGGAGAGACUGAAUGAGAAGAACCUGGAGAAAGGGCUGGAUCAUGACACCGUGAAUGCUGCCAUCCAGCAGGCCAUCAGGGCCCAACAGGCAGGUUCACCCAAGAGUAAGCCUGCUCAGGCAUCAGGAGCUGCCAGCCAGAGCCAGCCCUCAUCACAGGAAAAGAAACGUCCAGACAAGCCACCCAGGCUUCAGUGGUUUGAGGAACAGGCUAAGAAACUAGGGAAAGAGCACAUUGAGGAGGGGGAGGAGGAGGCAGCCAUGGAAGACGUCCCUGAAGAGGAAGAUGUGUGGGAGGAUUUGGAAGAAGAUCCGGAAGAUGAGGAAAUGGAAGAGGAAUCUGAGACAACACAUUCAGAAGACACGCCUCCUGGUGUCAUAGCAGUUACAGACUGUCUCUUCUGUUCCCAUCACUCUCGCUCCCUCAUGAAGAACCUGACCCACAUGACCAAGGUCCACAGUUUCUUCAUCCCUGAUAUAGAAUUCCUGGUGGACCUAAGGGCUCUGCUCAGAUAUCUUGGAGAAAAAGUUGGAGUGGGAAAUGUCUGCCUUUGGUGCAAUGAGAAGGGUAGGUCAUUCUAUUCAACUGAGGCAGUUCAGGCUCACAUGAUUGACAAGAGCCACUGUAAACUGUUCACAGAUGGAGAUGCAGCUCUGGAAUUUGCAGAUUUCUUUGAUUUCAGGAGUAGUUAUCCUGACCAGAAAGAGGGAGGUGAUGUUGAAAUGCAGGAUGAGGAAUUGCCAGAUGAAAAUAAUCUUGAAUAUGAUGAUGAAACAUUGGAGCUGAUCCUCCCAUCAGGGGCAAAAAUUGGCCACCGCUCUCUGAUGAGGUACUACAAGCAACGAUUUGGUGUAUCAAGAGUCGUAGCUGUUGCCGGCAACAGGAAUGCAGUGGGCAGGGUAUUACGCCAGUACAAAGCCUUGGGUUGGAGCAGUGAUAUGGCUAAAGAUGCAUCGCUGUCAAGGCAAAGAGACAUGCAGUACGUUCAGAGGAUGAAGUCCAAGUGGAUGUUGAAGACUGGAGUGAGCAAUAACUCCACCAAACAGAUGCACUUCAGAGCACAAGUCAGAUUCUAAGCUUGCGACUCGCACUGAAACAAAGUGCAUGCAAGUUGCACAUAUGCAGACUAAUAAGUCAGUGAAAAUGAUGCUAAUGAUGACAGUGUUUGUGACAAGUUCUACAGAUCAAUAAUGCAGUUUGUCUUUUGAAAGUACAUAACUGUUUUAUUGUAAAUUCUAAAUGAUGGGAAAAAAAGUUGUACAGAAUAGUUGUGGGUUACAAUUUAUUAUAUGUCUAAUACUUGUAAUUAAGGAAACAGUGUUAAAAUUAAAGGGUUGAAUACCAAAUAAACUACUUUAAAGGCAAAGCUCCCUUUGUAUAUAAUCAAAUGGGGUGUGGGGUGGGGUGAGGGGUGGAAUGGGAGGAAAUACCCAUUAAUAUAAAGUAUGUAUUUGGCAGUUUAGCAGCCUGUGGCCAUGUAAUAUUAGACAUCUCAGACUCUGCAAUGUCAGCUAAGAUAUUGAAUCCACAAAAAAUAUAUUUUCAUGCCUAUUGCCAAGUAGUUGGCCUUAAAAAUGUAUAAGUAGAGUACAAGGUGGCUUCAUUGAACGUGGAACUGCAUCUAAUGCAAUAUACUGUAUGUAUUCUUGAUUUAAACUGGCAAGGUCUGGACUGUAAUAGAGAGAUGGCAGAACCUCCUAUGCCAUGUUCUGAAAGGCAAGACUCGUCAAGUGGGCAGCAUGUGGUAGUGCAUUGUAACAGCCAUCAGAUCUGGGUGUGUGGAUGUGAGGAUCUGCAGGGAGGUGUAUUGAAAACACUAUUCUGUUGCCAUCCAGCCGCUUGUACAAACAAUGGGACAAGUGUAGUCAGAAAGAAGAGUGCAUUGAGAAUUACAUAUUUUCUCAAUGUAUUUUUAAUUCCUUUCUUACUUCAGCAGAUGAAUGCAGUGUUUACACAGUGAUCCAUUAAUUCCUACCAGUUCAUUCUUUAAUACCAAACAUUAUUAUCUUACACUGAACAAAAAUAUAAAGGCAACAUGUAAAGUGUUGGUCCCAUGUUUCAUGAGCUGAAAUAAAAGAU